AUGAGUGAGGGGGGGAUUUCUUCAGCUCCACCUGUUUUUCCUGUUUCUGGAGAAUCUGAAGGUGCGAAUCCAGUAGAAGAGCAGGAGAGCUCUGCACCAUCCAGGGGCUUACACUGCAGUAACUGUAUUGUGUGGCCUCGCCAACAGACCUGGCUCUGUAUUGUUCCUCUUCUGAUUGGAUUCAUUGGUUUGGGAUUGAGUCUGAUGCUGCUGAGGUGGAUUGUUGUUGGUUCAGUAAAGGAAUAUGUACCCUCUGAUAACUUGGAGUCCAAUCACAUUGGGCAGGAUCCUAUCUUCCUCUCAAAGCCAAGCUCACUUCCGAAGAAUGCAGAGGCCACUACAGUGUACACUGGUACCAACAGCUUCCUUAGUACUGUAGCUGUGAGUACACAAAUGCCAGUGACGCUCACCCCCAGGAUUAGUACCCACGGUACAAUCCGCUCAACCACUGCCCAUCGCAGCCCCCUACUCCCCACAACCACUUCAACAGCAGCCCUCACCCCUACAUUACCUUUCCGUCUCACUCCAACUGUCUCACAUGUACCAACUUGGCAGAUGGUGCCCUUUUCUACCUCUUCCAGCAAAUUCUUUCUGCACGACUCCACUCCAUCUUGGACACUCUCAAAAUCAGGGGAAUCUAGCACCAAGAUCCAUUCUGUCAUUGAACCCAAGUUUCCCACAACAACCUACACUACAGAAAGGUCAGAACAUUUUAAGCCGUGCACUGCUAAAGACCUGGCGUACUGCCUCAACGAGGGUGAAUGCUUCAUCAUUGAAACCCUGACUGGCAAUAACAAGCACUGUCGGUGCAAAGAGGGUUACCAAGGUGUUCGCUGCGAUCAGUAUUUACCGAAAACUGAUUCAAUUUUAUCAGAUCCAACAGAACAUCUGGGAAUAGAAUUCAUGGAGAGUGAGGACAUUUACCAGAGACAGAUUAUGUCUAUAACCUGCAUCACGAUUGGACUGAGUGUGGUCGGGAUGCUCUGUGUGGUUCUGUACUUCAAAACAAAAAAACAAAGACAAAAACUGCGUGACCAGACAAAGGAGAUCCGCUUUGGGAAGAGUUACAGUCUGAACACUUCGGAACUGUCUCCUGCCAAUCAUCCCCAACAAAAUGUGCUACAGCUGGAAAACUUCACAAAAUCCGACAGUAGUAUUGAUGGGAGAAGAUGCAAAGUUCUGGAAUCAAAGUUUUCGGGUGCUGGAUCAUCGCCGAGCACCUCACCAUCAAUGAGUAACCCGACUGGAAAGCAGCAACGGUAUUGUCCAUCCUCAUCCCUCAGCCCAAGGCAACUGGGAAGAUUGUCAUCGAAGGUCAGUCCUGGCCCAUCACCCCCAGUGACACAAGGGUCAUUGAGUGCUGUGAUCGAACCCGCCGACUCAUCAUCUGUCAGUGCAAGCAGCCAGAUACAGGCACAGCUUGCUUCAUCCAAGGGUGAUUGCUCAGACACCAACCAAGGACCGUCAGCCACUUGUUGGAAAUCUCCUGAGAAUUCUCUUAAUGUUAUACAGCCUGUACACUGCCAUCAAGCCAUCCAGCUCUGUGCUCUGCAGUUCAAGGAGAGCCAAGUGGUUCCUUAUUGUUGGGUGGCCUCACUGCCUGUCGAUCCUUCAGUGGAGGAGAAGAGUUCUGUCCAGGUGCCAAAGGAGAGUGCCGAGUCUGAGAGCCCAGAGCACCAGCCUCACUGUUAUCCUGCUGAGCUGGUUCCUCUCAGUGGCCCGAGUACCCCAGGCCAUCAAGCUGACAGGCAGCAGGUGGAGGUGUUGCUGCAGGCCGCACAACAACAGAUCCAGAUCCUAGCGUUUGCCAGUCAAAGGGCCGAGGACUAUGAACUGAUCAACGAGUGUGAGGAGCGAGCAGGUGAAAAUACAGCAUUCCUGCCUGUGGUUGCUGCUGAGGAGAUGCCAUUUCUGGUUAGAAAGGAAGAGUACAGAGACUGUGAUUUAGGAAAGUGA